AUGAUUUGUGAAGAAUGCGUCGAGGGCGAUAUAAGUUUACAGCCAUCUGUGCGUAUCAUGCAGCUUGGUAUUGCUGUAUUGAAGUUCUGGGUUUUGAUAUCUUGUAGCUCGGCUCCACAAGCCACCUCGCCAACCAAAAUUCUCCUCUCUUCAACCCCUCCACUAUCAAACGACGUUCAAGAUAGUCUUCGCUACACACUCGAAAGGAGAUCCUCAUUAGCGAGUUAUAUUCAUUCUACGAUCGAGAUGUUCACUAGAAAUCGGUCUCUGCUUCAAAUCUGCGGGGCCGUAAGGUUUUCAAUCGUUCCUGACUAUUUGUCCAUGCUCCCCCGCUUUGAACUUUCUUUUCCUUGCGAUCUCCUGCUCACAUCCAGCAUGCUCUUUGACCAAAAUGCUAAAGUUGUUUGCCUAACAAAACCUACAAAUACGCGGUCUUCGGCACUCUGGCCAUUGGUCAUAAGGAGAGUUUUCGGUAUACCUCCUUCAAUUCCUUUAGAUCUUACGCAGCUUCCUUCGGCCCGUUCGCAUCGUCUAAGGUUUUCUUCUGUUCCAAAACAUCGCCAACGCCACAUAAACACACUCCGUUCAGGCACGAUACACAGCAUGACUCAUAACAAGUACCUUGAAGGUAAGGACUUUGUUUUCGUUACUACCAGUCCAAGGAAUACUCGAGAACGAUGCCGAUCCUCAAAUACCGAUGAGUUCCAAGAAGGAUUAUCUACAUUGGCGAAAGAGAUGCUUGCGACACAUAACACAUGUCGCCGGAAUCACCGCCGCAUAAUUCCUCGAAAGGCAUAUAUCGAGCAGUCUCGGCCUUACAAUCUGCGACAGACGAAUGCUGUUGUGGCUGUUUCUCUCACUCUAACGAGAGAAUAUGCGAUAUCGAAGAGCACUUGGCACUUUGGAAUCAAUUUACCAUUAACUACAAUGUUGCGCAGCCGUCGUGCCUUUCUAAUACAGUUAGCACGGUCAUCCCAUGACCGCCAAUAUCGCAACUUUGCUUACUUUGAGUCUUCAGUUUCGCUUAUGCCCCGACCUCUUCACACUUCUUCAUUCUUAGGUCUCAUUAUCGUGUUUGUCUGUCAGUCCUACUGCUAUGUAGUCACCUAUUUCCUCAGCGCCAUGCCUUCACUGGCACGCCUCGAAUUGAAAAAAACCACAUUGGAUCGGGAGAGGGAGAGGGUCCAAAACAACCUAAUUGACGACCCUAGUUGGAUAGCAGGUAAAGAUGGGGAUAACGCACACCAGGCGCGUAUGCGCAGGGCCAAGUUCAAUUACAAACUCAGAAUCAAGCGGUCUCGGCUCUCUACAAGCUCAACUUUGACCAACAGUCUGGGACAGGCUGAAAAUCGGCCGUUCCGGACGAGCAUUCCGUUUCGAAAGCCUUCGGCUCUGAUAACACUCCCGAAAUCCUCAAGACAGGUGGACACAGACUUACCAACGCCAAUCAUGAAGAUAGCUCGACCUUCGGAACUAAUACAAGAGCAAAUGCUAGAAAUGAAUCGAUCAGGACCCGAACGCGUGAAUGAACAUCGAGAUUUCUCUCAUUUCCUCGGUCAGCCAUCUACCAACAUUGAAACACCCAUACCGGCCCUUGGGGUAUCAGCCUUCACCGUAAGCAUGGCCGCCUUGGCUAUGCCAUCAAUGCCCUCGCACUGUUCGCCUAAAAACAAAAUCAACGAAGAAGCGGGUGGUCCAGCAGUCCCUCCGAUACCACUGAUAUUUGGUAAACGGCGAUUGAAAGCGAUAGGUCGGUUAAAUACAACCGAUAUCAAGACCGCGGGCGUGUUUGGCUCCCUGUAUUCUGCUGAUGUACCUAUCCUUGGCACUCGCUCUGUGUUACGGAUCAACCUCCAUAGCCAUGGCGUCUUCGCGUUCAUUGAGCCUCCGGUCUACUCUUCGAUGCUUGAGCUUGUGCCUAGCUUUUUCUGCAUCAGUCGACACGCUAAUAUCACAGCAUAUGGUAUCUCAAGACAGAAAUUUGCAUCUUGUAAUAGCCUCCCGUACUCUGAUAGGGGUUUCAUAGAUAAACUCCACUCUGAUCAUGUUCUACGUAAUGUGGUAACACGCCGAGCCCUACAGAGAGCAUUCAAUCGAGGACUACUGAUCAUUAACCUAUUAGUAAGGAAUCAGCAUUAUUUCACUCCCAUGUCAAUACAUGCAAAGCGAUACACAACCCCACGCUCAAUGUCCGUCACCAAAUAUCGCAGGGAUGAUACGCGUUUAAGUCACAUCUAUGGUACCGCUUCAGGUGUAAAUCAUCGCAGGCGAAAGCAUGCCAAGGCCCGCUGCAUGCAUGGGUAUUGGAAUUUCAUAACCCCAUUAGAUAGAGGUGCAAUUGGAGGUCUGGUAGCUGGGGAGCAAUUCUCAAAAAGGCACCUCCUGGAUAGAAGAGGGCAUACAGACGGCAACAAGAAAGGUAGCUGGGGAUCAAAUCUUAAUACCAAGUUCCACCAGGAAGAGUUUCAAUCGAUACACCGAAAGCUAUGCCAGCGAAGGACACUGCAAAUGCAACACAGCUACACCAUUCAGCCAAACAACAGUGAAAAAGACAGCAAGUAUGCUAUCAAAUUCAAUCUCCAGAAAUUGUCAAUGCUAAAAAACGGCAGCAAUGGCAAUGGCGGCCGCAUUUCAAGACCUCAAGAGAGAUUACAGUCCCAUCCCAGAUUCCCAACAAGAAGAGAGAAGAACUGA